AUGACACUUCACGUCAUUCACGUUGCCCGAGUCAUCCCCGCAGCCGACUCGGACUCGGUCCUCAACUCGCUCACAAUCCCUUUAACUUUCUUCGACCUACCGUCGCUACUGUUCAGUCCGGUCAAGCGAGUCUUCUUCUACAGACUCACCCACUCGACUCAUGAGCAUUUUAACUCCUUCAUCCUCCCUAAGCUCAAGCUAUCCCUCUCCCUAGUCCUCCGAAACUAUCUCCCUCUCACCGGCCGCCUCACCUGGGAUCCAAACGAGCCCAAGCCGAGCAUAGUCGUCUUUCAAAACGAUGCUGUUUCGGUGACAAUAGCCGAGACCGACGCUGAUUUUUCUCAUCUCUCCGGCUAUGGUCAACGUCCAGUUUCCGAAUUACACAACUUGCUGCCCGAGUUACCCGUUUCAGAUGACUCAGCGUCUACCUUCUCUCUGCAAAUCACGUUGUUCCCAAACCAUGGAUUCUCCAUCGGCGUCGCAGCACACCACGCGGUUAUGGACGGUAAAACGUCAAGCAUGUUUGUUAAAGCUUGGGCUCACAUCUGCAAAGAUAACAGAGUAUCGCUGCCGGCGAAUCUAACUCCGUCUUAUGAUCGGUCGCUGAUCAAAGAUCUGACCGGAAUCGACGAAAAGGUGAUCGAGAUUCUGAGAUCUCUCAAAGGGGACAAAACCAACACCAGCAGAAGCCUCACUCCGUUUCCCGCCAGAAAGCUCGGAGACGACGUCGUUCUCGCCACGCUCGUGCUCUCACGCGAUGACAUCGAGAGACUCAGGGAGCGAGUCAAGAGCGAGUCACCGAGUCCAGAUCGGGACCUUCUUCACUUGUCGACUUUCGUCAUCGCCUACGCCUACGCGUGGACCUGCUUCGUGAAGGCGCGUGGAGGAAGCGAGGAAAGAUCCGUCGGUCUCACUUUCGUGGGAGAUUUCAGAGAGCGGUUAGAUCCGCCGCUCCCGGCGACGUACUUCGGAAACUGCAUGUUUCCGGCGGGUAGUUACAACCGCAAGGCGGGUGAAUUUGCGGACGUGAAGGGAUUCUCAACGGCAGCGAAGAUCCUAAGCGAUUUUGUCAAAGGAUUGAGCUCACGAAAGAUGGAGACGGAGUUGGCAGACUAUUUCAAUCAGGAGAAAGGGACACAGUGCGGGGCGGUAGCCGGGUCGACCCGGUUGGGAGUUUACGAGUCGGAUUUCGGGUGGGGAAGACCCGUUAAGGUCGAGGUCGUCUCUAUUGAUCAAGCAGAGGCCUUCUCAAUGGCUGAGAGACGUGACCAAUCUGGUGGCAUCGAGAUCGGAAUGUGCCUGAAGAAGACUGAAAUGGACAUCGUCCUUUCUUUUUUCAACAAUGGUCUACAAAACUCAAACCUAAAGCUCUAG